AUGUGGGGUUGGUUCGGUGGCGCCGCGGCCCAAAAGCGCAAGGAUACUCCCAAGAAUGCGAUUCUCGGGCUGCGAUCGCAGCUUGACAUGCUGCAGAAGCGUGAGAGACAUCUCCAAACCCAGAUCGAUGAGCAGGAUGCUGCCGCACGCAAGAACGUGAGCACAAACAAAAACGCGGCCAAGGCGGCUUUGCGGCGCAAGAAGACACACGAGCACUCGCUGGAGCAAACCGUUGCACAGAUCGGCACGCUUGAGCAGCAAAUCAACUCGAUCGAGUCAGCCAACAUCAACAAGGAGACUCUGGCGGCGAUGAACAACGCCAACGAGGCGAUGAAACACAUCUACAAGGGCCUCACGGUGGACAAGGUGGAUGCGACAAUGGACGAAUUGAACGAGCACAAUGCUAUGAGCGACGAGAUUGUCAACGCUAUCACCUCAAGGACAUUGGGUGACCCGAUUGACGAUGAGGAUCUGGAGAACGAAUUGGACGAGCUACAACAGGAACAGCUUGAUGAGCAGAUGCUCAAGACAGGCAGUGUCCCAGUAUCGGAUGCCGUGCACAAGCUGCCUACGCCAGCUAGCGCAGAGCCUGUAUCGAACAAGAAGCAGGCAGUCGAGGAAGAUGACGAGGAAGCCGAACUUCGGAAACUACAGGCCGAGAUGGCCAUGUGA